AUGGAGAGAGGACGUCGAUCCAUCUUCUUCUUGUUACUGCUGAUUGCCGGUUUCGGCGCAGCCCAAAACGGCAGCGGCAAAGCAGAUGAAUUCCACGUCGGGGUGAUCCUCGACCUGGGAUCGCUGGUGGGGAAAGUGGCGCGAACCAGCGUGCUGUUGGCCGCCCAGGAUUUCUACGCUGUCCACCAGAACUACAGCACAAAGCUCGCCCUCCACGUUAUGGACUCCGUGGGCAGUGAUGUUCAGGCUGCAUCGGCAGCUAUUGAAUUACUGGAGAGCUACAAAGUACAAGCCAUCAUUGGUCCCCAGAAAUCAUCAGAAGCUGUGUUCAUAUCUAAUAUUGGAAAUGUAACCCAAGUCCCCGUAAUAUCAUUCACAGCAACAAGCCCAGCCCUCGCUUCUGAUAAUAUGCCGUAUUUUGUACGAGCAACAUUGGAUGACUCAGCUCAGGUGAAAAGCAUUGCCACGCUUGUACAAGCCUGUGGAUGGAGAGAAGUGGUGGUAGUAUAUGAAGACACUGAUUAUGGAAGAGACAUCCUACCAUACCUCACAGAUGCACUUCAAGAAAUUGAUACCCGUGUUCCGUAUCGCAGUGUCAUCCCUUCGGCGGCAACAAACGAAGCCAUUAUACAAGAACUCAGUGUGUUGCUAGCAAUGCAAACACGGGUAUUUAUUGUUCAUAUGUCAUCCAGUAUGGCUUCCCUUCUGUUUACGAAGGCAAAGGAGGCAGGGAUGAUGAACAAAGGAUUUGCGUGGAUCACUACAAAUGGAGUGGCAAACAUCAUUGACUCACUCAAUCCCAGUGUCAUUGACGCAAUGAAUGGUGUUCUAGGAGUAAGGUAUCAUGUUCCCAGAUCACAAAAACUUGAUAACUUAUCCAUAAGGUGGAAUAGAAUGUACCAACAUGAUAACCCAGGUGAAUCACCCUUUAAUAAACUAAGCAUUGUUGGACUAUGGGGCUAUGACGCGAUAUGGGCAUUGGCACAGGCAGUAGAAAAGGUCGGGAUAUCCGGUGACAGAGUUAAGCAACCAUGGUCCACUAAAAAUUCCACAUGCUUGGAAUCCAUACCUAUUUCCAGCAAGGGUCCUGAACUCUUAACAACAAUCGUACAAAACAAGUUCAAAGGUUUAAGUGGUGACUUUGACCUUACAGACAGAAAACAGCUUAAGGUUUCGGUGUUCCAAAUAAUUAAUGUGGUUGAGAGAGGUUGGAGAGAAAUUGGGUUUUGGACUAUCAAUGGACUUUCACGGAAGUCAAAGAAAGAUUACUUCAGAAAAAUAGGACAAGCCUCAAUGCUUGAUCUAAAUCCUGUAAUUUGGCCAGGAGAGUCGACCGAAAUACCAAUUGGCUGGGAAAUUCCAACAGGUGGUAAGAAGCUUAGAGUCGGUGUGUGCUCAAGCGAAUUUACAGAGUUUAUUAAGACGUACAAAGAUCCUAUCACAAAUGAAACAACAGCAAGUGGCCUUUCAAUUGACAUAUUUGAGGAGGCAGUAAAGAGGCUACAUCGUCCGCUUUCUUAUGAAUACAUAGAAUUUGACACUGCUGAUGCACCAAUUUCCAGAAGCUACAAUGAUUUUGUUUAUCAAGUCUAUCUUCAGGAAUAUGACAUAGCGGUUGCAGAUAUUACUAGAAGAUACAAUAGAUCAUUGUAUGUUGACUUCACUGUAGCAUACACAGAUUCUGGAGUAGGGAUGAUUGUUCCGGUCAAGGAAAACGUGAAUACAGACAUGUGGCUUUUCUUGAAACCAUUGAGCACUGAGAUGUGGUUUGGCAGCGUCGUAUUCUUUAUCUUCACAGGAGUUGUUAUCUGGGUUCUGGAGCAUCUAAUUGGCAAUGAACAUGUUCAUGUUCCCUUUUCACUCAAACAACUAGCGAUUAUGAUAUUAUCCAUUUUUGAAGAGAAGGAGGAGCUGAAACGCUUUCUAGCUAGAAUCGUUCUACGUGUAUGGAGGGUUGUUCUUCUGGUACUUGCAGCAAGUUAUACAGCAAGCUUUGCAUCAAUGCUUACUGUACAACAACUUUCACCAACGGUGACUGAUGUUCAUGAACUCCAGAAGAAUGGGCAAUAUGUAGGGUUCCACCAAGGUUCCUAUGUAGAGGGUCUACUGCUGGAUAUUGGUUUUCAUACAUCAAAAAUCAGGCCCUAUGCUACACCUGACGAUUUCCAUACUGCUCUUUCUAAUGGAAGCAUUGCUGCAUUUAUACAUGAAGUCCCCUACAUCAAACUUUUUCUCGCAAAAUACAGCAAAGGUUACACAAUGGUAGCGCCUAUUUACAAGAGUGCAGGCUUUGCAUUUGCACUUCCCAAGAAUUCUCCGCUAGUUGCUGAAAUGUCGAGGGCAAUAGACAACAUAACAGGAGGAGAUACAAUCAUUCAAUUUGAAAAGAAAUGGAUAGAUCAAAAUAGCCAUGAAAAUGAUGGCACACUUGAUGGUUCAGACGCCAUAACUUUUGAAAGUUUUGGGGGAUUAUUCACUCUAACUGGAAUUGUGACAACCUAUUGCCUUUUGGCAGCCAUGCUGAUGAGCUGCUACAAAAAAUAUCAACAAAACGCAGGGAACAUAGGGGAGGUGGCCCAAAUGAAUGUGAGCAUGGGCAAAAAGAAGAGGAAACGAGAAAGGAGAUGA